AUGACAAUGAUGAAAAAUAAGGUUAAUAGUCAACCAAAGAUGGUCUCACUAAAUGAUGCAGAUGUUCCUCAGGAAGAUUUAGUUUUUCAAAAUCCUUUUGUUUCAAUAUUAGAUCAUAUGGUUGAAAAAAGAAAUUUACUAGCAAAAGAAUUAAAAAAACUUAAGGAUAUUGAAACUCAAAUUAUUAAAGGAAGGGAAAAUUUAUUUUCUAAAGUUGAAGUUGAGUCAGUAAAUAAGAUUGAUGAAGUUACCAAAUGUAUUGAAUUAAUGGAUGAGUCUAUUAGUAAGACUAAUGAUCAAGUUAUCUUAUAUAGAAAAAAAGUUUCUGCUUACAAAAAUAGUUUAAAAAACAAGAGAGCUGAGGAGGAUAUCGAACUCCUUCAAAACUUUAUGUUUUUCAAGUCAGCUAUUAAUAAAUUCUCUGGUUCUAAUUUAAAAAAAUAUACGGAUGGUCUUACAAGUGAUCUCAAAAUUACAAAAGAACAAGCUGAAACAUGUGCUUCAAUGGUAAAUGAUUUUAACUGCGAAAAGUUUACUUCAACUGAAGAAGAAUUUAAGGAAGAAAGUAAGCUUUCUCUUGAAAGAGUUUACCGCGUUAUUGUUGGUUCUAAAAAACCAGUUGUUGGAGAUGUUUUUGGUAGAAAAUGUAAACAAAUACUUGUUGAUUUUGCUGAGAAAUGCAAUAACUUUGAUGUAAGCUCAGUUGAUACCAAGUACAAUGAAACUACAGUUGAUGAAGGAAUUGAUACUGCUACCGAUACUUCAAAUCAAGUAACGCCUGCUCCUGAUCAACAAAUUAAUAAUGAGAAUAACGAGAUGAAUAAUGAAACAGUUAUUGGAAAAGUUAGAUUUGAUGAGACAGUUUGUGGAAAGGAUGUAAGUAGUGAGGAUAGAGAUGAAAAAAAGUCAAAUGAAAGUGAUGAAACACGUUCAAAAGAAAAUAAUUUCAGAAAACAUAAUGGAGGACGUAAACGUUGGCAAAAUAGAAAUUUUAAUGGUGAUAAAAAUGAGGGUGGUUUUAAUAGAGAUGGUACCAACGAACACAGACAAUUCAGUAAAAAUCGCAAUGACAGAAUGAAGCGAUUUGACAAUGAAAAUGGUGAACAAAAAGAUGAAAAAAAAUUUAAUCAGCAUUACAAACGUCCGGAUGGAGAUUAUACUCGUAAACCUUUACGUAAUAGUGGUGAAAACAGGGGCAGAUUUGAUGGUCAAAAACAGCAAAAUGGGCGUCCUCAGUACCAUAACGGUUUUAGACAGCGUGGGCAAAAUAGAAAAGAACAAACAUCAGGAAAUGGCAAUCAUAACGGGAGUAGUAACUAA